AUGUUCGUUGACGGCAUGCAGCAAACCCAUCAGCCAUCAUCCUGUCAAUCGGAAGACCAAGAGCAGCACGAAUGGCUUGGUCAUGGCAGUGUCGCGGCUGAGCCUUGCAACGCGCUUGAUGGCUCGCUGACUCCCACCCGGUCAUGCUUGGCUAAGCCGCCAGACGGCCAACCGAGCUUCGAUCAUCAGGCCGCACUCCUCUAUCCUGCGAGUGACUACAGCAAUUUCCUGAGCAACUACCUCGUCAGCCAUCCCUCAAUCCCUGCUGGUCUCCCACAUGACUCCUCCACUCGGCCCUACCCCGUCUCCAACCAUCCCUCUUAUCUCAUCCACUCCCCACAGCAGCUGCCCGUGCGUCCUGCCGCGGCCGGCCGCCGAGCCACUGUUUCCUCAGUUCCUUCCCGUCUGCCUUAUAACUGUUCCUCGGCAUUCCUCCAAUCCCAGUAUGCUUCCGAGCCGCCCCCGACACUCGAUGCUGCUUACAAUCUCCUUGCCGGAUGGGGAGAUGCUCCAACUUGCUUCCAAGCUCUGAGCCACUCGGCUCAAGAGCAGCUGCUCGAGUCUUCUUAUAAGGAGGCCGACUUAGUUAUCAAAAAUGAGGGUAUUGGCCCCGAGCAAUACAUUCUGUCUGGCGGCUCUCAUUCCUCUUGCGCCAACCAAGCCUUUGGUGGGCCUUCCCGGCCGGAUGGCUUGGAGUCAGACCUCCCCUUCGCGACUCCUCAUCACCGUCACAGCCUUCAGCAGUGGGACUAUCCAUCCAAGAACUCGGAUCUUUCCCUGCUUCAAUCCACCGUACAAGCUGGUCUUGACUUUCAACCUAGCCCUGCCUUGUUGGCAGCAUCGUCCCAUCAUCUUGCACAUUCCCUGCUCAACUCAAACCAAACAAGUCCUGCAUCUGCCCACUUCAUACCUCCCCCUGCUGCUCAACCCACCCAAUUAUCCCCAGAAUGGAAUCCCGGGUCUGCCUACCUCCCCUAUGAUCCUUCCCAUACCUACACCCAGCCGAUUUUCAAUCAUAACUGGGAGCAAUCUAUGGAACCCAAUUCCGGCCUAUCCUUCAUGGAUAACGGCAUGCCAUUUGUGGGCUCGAAUUCACCUGUUCUGGCUCCCUGUCACCCUGAGCCGCGCCGUGUGUCGGACCCAUCACCUGUUGCACCGAUUGCACAGCGCCCUUGGGAUCCCCGUCAACGUUAUUCGAUUGCUAAUAUUCCCUGUCACCUAUCCUUGGAAGGCGACUCGCAAUAUUUUGAUUCCCUGAAACCCCUUCACGACCUUCCUGCCUCAUGCGCGGGUUCUUCGCGUCAUAGUGAUAGUUUUUCUACCACGGCCUCUCAGCUCAAUUCGGGUGAACUUAAUACUCCCUCAACCGGCAGCUUUGGCAACGAGGUUUCCGACCAAUGGGCCCAGUUGGCUCUACAACAUUUUGAAGAACAGGCGGCUUCCUUUGGAAAUUUAGACUUUUCUCAUAAUGUAUCUCUUGCCCCUAUUGAUCACUCUUCCGCUCAUCAAAAGUCACCCUCUUGCCGUUCCAAAUCCAGUGGUUCUCCAUCAGCGCAGGAGGGCUCUACCGGACUAGGCGGGCCUUCUGGCUCUGAUUUAGAUACAGAUAGCAUUCAAGCGGUUACCAAGCCCGUCGAAAAACGAGGUAGAGCAGCCACUCUUUCCGAGAGCCAUACAGAUUCCUCUCUACCCCUUGACUCGUUUACCGCGUCAAAUAGAGCGCAGUUUACGAGUGAAUACAUGGAUAUUUUCCGACAACAAAGCGGGCAACUUCCGUUCGGUUUAGCGCCUCUUCCCCAUCGUUCGAUUUCCCCCUACGCGCCAUCCGCGGUUUUCCCGACCCAGGUCGAUUUUUCGCACCUUUCACAACAGGGCAUCAGUCCUUUCACCGAAUCAUUCCAACAGUGCUCCUCCGUUGAGACUCCGCUUCUUCCCCAGCACGGCUCCCGAGAAGCGCAGAUCCAACAACAAAAUCGUCUUCGGAGAUUGACCGUCAUGACCCAACCUAUGUGGCCCGAAAGCCAUACUGAUGGAGCAGGGGCUCUCCAAUCCUCUCCUUCAGCUUCAUUCCGUGGUUACCAUGAUCGAGUCGAGUGUCAGCUCAGCAGCAGUCCCGAAAAGCAGCCACUUGCAGAGUCAGGCAAUCGGGGUGGAUUAGUGAGGAAACGAAAGAGCAUGAAGAACCAAUACCCGCUCACUCAAAUCGCUGUGCCUGAGGAGCCCGAGCAAGAGUCCUCUGGGAACGGAUCGGAUGAUCUGUCUACUGGGCUUCUGUUUCAAGAAGUUACCUUCGCACAACACGAGGAAGGGAUGAGUCAAGAGAGUCAAGACUCAGCGGAAGGAUGUGGACAGCCAACUGGGGGCUCGAGUCCGGCGUAUACUCUCACCCGAUUUGGAGGGAUCGGACAGGGUCGGUCGGCCCAUCCACCCGGCUUGAAUGGGUCGGUCAGGCCAUCGAGCCUCGAUCUGGCCGGGGUCGUCGACGAGACGGGCGAGAUGAUGGUGCCCUGGAAACAAGACUUGAGGUGCGAUGAAGACCUCUAUACGCCGAUGUGGUGUCGCGGUCAGAACGAUAAAAAGGAAGGGUUUUGCGAUAUGUGUCGAGGCGGGGCUUGGUUUAGACUCAAGAAUAGUGCUUAUUGGUAUCAUAAGCAGUAUUUCCAUGGAGUCAGUUCGACUACCGGUCAUUACUUCUAUCCACCCCAGGAGAUCAAGCGCGGUUUCUCGACGGCCAACCGGCAACAGAUCUUAGGGAAGUGUCACGAAUGUGAGGAAUGGGUCGGUUUUUCCUCGAUCAUUGGUAACGGGAUCGUCCACAAGAAAAACCACCACCACCACCAUCAGCAGCAGCAGCAGCAGCAGUUGGGAACCGAGCUCGUCGACGAGGAUCCCGGGUCCGCUAGUCAUUGGAUCAUCGACCAUGACGACCCCGCCUCUGCUUCUAAUAAGGUCCCCACACUUUGGUAUAAACAUGCUCAUAAAUGCCAUCGUCAUCAGACUUGUAAAGGCGCCAAAGGUCGUAAAAAAGCUAAACGAUCUUGA